AUGAGAUCUGCGCUGCCCUUCUUCCUCCUCCUGGCCCUUCUUGGCAGCUCAUAUGGAGCAGGGCCAAGCGUGACUUUGCAAAUGAAGCUGAAGGCAUCUUUUCUGGCAAAUGUCUCCCAUGACUCCAGCUUCCCGGAAUUGCUCAAGAGGCUCUGCCUUCUUCUCCACCUCCCAUCAGAGACCAACGUCACCCUCCAUCAUGAAGGAACCCCGCACAACUUCACCUGCAAAGCCUGA